CGGGCAGGGCUAUCAGCAGCGCCAGAUGAGCCUGACACAGGUCCACCUUAAGAUCGCAUCUCCCCAGCUGGGCUGCACAUGCCACUGCCCAGGCUCACAGUGAAAGCCUGGGGCUGUAGAUAAUGGAACUUGGCCCCAAGUACUCCUGGAGCAUGCCUUUUCUUGUCAUUCUGGGAAAGCCAAGGCUGAGCUGUACAGCCUGACCCUGAACAGACCCUUGGCAUUCCCCUGCAUGCCGACUAGACAGAGAGACGGUUUUUGCCUUCUUUAGACUGUGCCGCGCACAUCUGGCCUUUUCGCGGAGACUUCAACACUGCAAAGGCGCUAGACUUCUACCUUGGAGGAAGCUGUCGGUUGUUGCUAUUCAACAGAAGUCACAGUUGCGGCAGGAGCAGAACCUCCGACACGGCUGGAAGAGAAAAUGCCACAGGAGUUUAUUCUGGGAUGAGGCUUUCAGAGCAAAGAAGUGUUGCUGACAUAAACCACCACAGCCGCCCACUGACCAGUAGCUCUAACGUGUCUACCACGUGCUACAGACAGGAGGAUGGCACUGUGGCUUCCAGGAGGGCAGCUCAUCCUGCUGCUACUGGUCUGGGUCCAGCAGACACCGGCGGGGAGCGCUGAGGCUCCUCUUAAGGUUGACGUGGACUUGGCACCAGAUUCCUUUGAUGAUCAGUACCAAGGCUGUAGCAAACAGGUGGUGGAGGAGCUAAAUCAAGGAGACUAUUUCAUAAAGGAAAUAGAUACUAAUAAGUAUUACUCCAGAGCAUGGCAAAAAGCCCACCUAACCUGGCUGAACCAGGCAAAGGCCCUCCAGGAGAGCAUGACCCCAGUGCAUGCUGUGGCCAUCUUGGUUUUCACCUUGAAUCUCAAUGUGAGCUCUGACUUGGCCAAGGCCAUGAUCAGGGCUGCGGGAUCUCCUCGGCAGUACAGUCAGUCAUUCCACUUCAAGUACCUGCACUACUACCUCACCUCAGCCAUCCAGCUGCUGAGGAAAGACAGCUCGACAGAGAACGGCAGUCUGUGCUACAAGGUAUACCACAAGAUGAAGGGUGUGAACAUUGGAGCCAACGUGGGUUCCACCAUUCGAUUCGGCCAGUUCCUCUCUGCCUCCCUGCUAGAGGAAGAGACACAGGUGUCUGGAAACCAAACCCUGUUUACCAUUUUCACUUGUCUGGGUGCCUCUGUGCAAGACUUCUCUCUCAGGAAGGAAGUCUUGAUCCCCCCCUAUGAGUUAUUUGAAGUCAUAAGUAAGAGCGGCAGCCCCAGAGGAGAUUUGAUAAACUUGCGGUCUGCUGGGAACAUGAGCACGUAUAACUGCCAGCUGCUAAAAGCUUCCAGCAAGAAGUGCGCCCCUGCUCCAGCGGUUAUCGUCUGCCUCUUUUUGGUCACUGUUGUUAUCUCAUCCAACAGCAGAGAGCAAAGGAAUCUACUGGCUCCUUUUUAAAGGAACUGCCUAAACUUUGUGCUCCUAUUUGUGUUACCAGAGCCUGAGGCCCACACUUCCCACGAUACCACAGAAGAUGUGAGAGACAGAAAAGUUCGUGGGGGAAAAAACAACCCUAAGUUCAAAUCCAGCCCUAAAUAAAGCAGAAGGCUGUCUGAAACCCCUACCUAAAGGGAUUUGGGAUACUUUUUCCUGUUGCUGUCACCAAAACCAAUCACAGAAGCUCAAAGUUCAGGACGAAAGCUUCUCUUGACUUAUAAACGUACAGAACAUCGUAGCCCAGAAGUGUUUGGUACCAGAAGCACCAGGCACUACAGAAGCAGAUAUCAGGCAGGAUAGCAAAUCUCAAGGCCUUCCCCUUGUGACUCACUUCCUCCAGCAAGGCUCCACCACUGGAAGACUCCACAGCCUCGAAAAAUAAUGCCACCAGAAGGAGGCAAAGAACGCAACACAUGAGUCACUUUUAACAUUCAAACUACAGCAAGGUCUUAGUGUUCAGUGUGCUCUGAAGAGAUGAGAGAUGGGAGUCCUGACAGACAAGAGCAGAACAUCCCUGCUCUGCAAAGGGUUGCCCCCCACAGACCUGUCUUUGCUCUGCCCUCCACAGGAACCUCACAAAGGAACACUCUCCUGCAGCCAGUCAACCAGAACUGAAAAGCACCCUUAUCACAUUGCUACUGAAAGCCAUGCCCGGCGUCUUCCUUGCCUGUCCAUUUUCCAUUUGCCCUUCUCAGUCUCUGGGCCUUUGUCUUACUCAGUGAAGACACCCAAGGACACCACUUGCCCAUUACUUGGCCAGAGAUCCAUGACAAAAUGGCAAUCUGGUGACAGCCUAUGAGACACAAUUAGUUUUCUAAAUUAGUUUUAGGAGCGCAGCAUUCAGAAUCUGUUUUGAAUGAUUACAAAAGCAGAGCACAUGGGCGCUCUGAGUUGCCUGUAGCUGUCUCGCCACUGAGAGACGAGAAUUUGCCUUCCUGAGAAACUAACUCAAUGGAGGCAGCUCUGAGAAGCAGAGAGAAAGAUAGGCAAGAGUGUGCGAUAAGCCUCUAGCCAAACUGGGCCUGAACUAUACAGUCAGCUUCAUCAUUUCAUGGAUUAAUAAAUGAUGUCUGUGCUAA